GAAAUUCAGUCUACCGUCAGACACUCGCGAGUCAAGAUGUUUGUUCUGGAAGUGAUCUUGGGGAUUGUGCUCUGUGUUGUUGGUUUUUUGUGGUGGUGGCAGAGAUCUGCAAGGAUUUAUUGGGAAAAGAAUGGAGUCUCCUACAUCCCAGGACCUCCUUUGCUUGGAGCUGUGAAGGAUUCAAUAUUGUUUAAAAAGAGCCUUGGCGAUCUUUUUAGUGAUUUGUACAACAACGAAGAGUGCAAGGAUGAUCCCAUUACUGGAGUUUAUUUCUUCCACAAACCCAGCCUUAUAAUUCGUCAUCCGGAAAUAAUUAAGAACAUUCUGGUGAAAGAUUUUCCUAAUUUUAUUGAUAGAGGCAUAAAUUCCGAUCCUCAUGUAGAUAUUAUCGGAAGGGACAACUUGUUUACUGUUAAAUCAGAUCGUUGGAAAACCAUCAGAACAAAAUUAUCUCCAGUUUUCACAUCGGGAAAGCUCAAAAAUCUUUUUCUCUUAAUGGUGGACGUGUCCAAAGUCCUGGAACAGAAAUUGGCCAAAGAGAUUGGAAAUGAGCCUAAGGAGUACGAAAUGAAGGAAUUUGCAAGUUUCUUUACAACUGAUACCAUUUCAAUUUGCGCUUUUGGAGUUCAAGCUAAUAGUUUACUGAAUCCUAAAGCUGAGUUUCAUUUAAAUUCGAAGAGAGCAAUGGAUUUCAACUGGAAGAGGGCUAUUGAAUUCACUACAUGUUUCUUAUUGCCAGAAGUUGCAACAAAUUGGGGUUUCACAAUGUUUUCAAGGGAAACAAAUGAGUUCAUUAGAUCAACGAUCAAUUACGUGAUAGAGGAAAGAAUCAAGAGCGGAAUGAAGAGAAAUGAUUUAAUUGAUACUUUGAUAACAAUGAAGGAAACGGAUGGUAAUCUUUUCAAGGGGGAUACCCUUGUGGCUCAGGCUGCUAUCUUUCUUAUAGCUGGAUACGAAACUUCAUCAUCUGCUAUAUCUUUUACUUUAUUUGAAUUGGCUCGUCACCCGGAAGUUCAGGAGAAAUUGAGGAAGGAGAUCAAGGAAUAUGCUGAGAAAUAUGGAACUGUUCAAUACGAAACAAUCAACGAAAUGGAAUAUCUUCAAAGUGUUGUUCAAGAAACUCUCCGAUUGUAUCCUUCUUUGCCGUUUUUGGAUCGAAUUUGUGCACCAGUAAAUGGGGAACAAUUUUAUUCUUUGGAGCCCUACCAUAAAUUUCAGAUUCCCAAAGGAAUGCCGAUUUAUAUUCCGAUCAUGCCGAUACACCGUAAUCCAAAAUACUUUCCAAAUCCUGAACAAUUCAUCCCUGAAAGAUUUAGUGCUGAGAACAGGGAGUCUAUCGAUCAGUACACUUAUCUUUCUUUUGGGUUAGGACCAAGAAAUUGCAUUGGAGCUAGAUUUGGGUAUUUUCAGGUGAAACUGGCACUUUUCAGUAUUCUUCGUGAUUACAAAGUCGAGGUUUCUGAAAGAACCCCGACGAAGAUGGAGUUUGAUAAAAAAUCUCUAAUCGUUCAUUCCCAGGAACCACUGCUUAUGAACCUCACAAGAAUUUAAAUGCUAGUCUAAUAAAACAUGUCUUGACUCGGCUAUUAUUAGCGUUUUUAUAAGGAUAACAUAUACAGAUUAUCGAUAUUUUUUAUGACUAUUCUUAUGACAAGGUUAAACCUUGCAUAUGAAUUUUCUAAUUAUUUUUAUUUUUUUUUUGGUUUUAGUGCUUUGUCUUAUCGGCCAUGUCUAUUUCAAAAAUAUAAUUUGAAAUUUAUUAUUCUCUUCAUGGUUCCAUCUCUUAUCCACAUGUUUUGUAUCUUUAUUCACAAAUUAAAGUAGAAAAUUAUAUUCUAUUUCAAUAAAAAAAAAAUCAAUUUUAUUAAA